GAUCUCGACCCAGGUUAGAGGAUGCUGCUCCUCGGAUCAUCGAACACCCGUCGGAUCUGAUCGUGUCCAAAGGAGAGCCGGCCACCCUCAACUGCAAGGCGGAGGGACGGCCCACGCCGACGGUGGAGUGGUACAAGGACGGCGAGCGGGUGGAGACGGAUCGAGAGGACCCCCGCUCCCACCGGAUGCUCCUGCCCAGCGGCUCCCUCUUCUUUUUGCGAAUUGUUCACGGAAGAAGAAGCAAACCCGAUGAGGGCGUCUAUAUAUGUGUGGCACGCAACUACCUGGGAGAGGCAGUGAGUCGCAACGCUUCACUGGAGGUGGCAA